CUGGUGCACAGAGUCGCCGCCAUGGAGUGGGUGAGACUCGCUGUCCUGCUCUCUGUGUAUGUGCUGCACAUUACGUCAGGCAGCUGCCUACCGGGUACGUAUGGCUACCUGUGUGGAUACAACUGUCACUGUCAGGCUAACACGUGUAACGUUACAGAUGGAUGCAGAUCUCAGACUUGCAUCAAAGGAUGGUCAGGACCAACAUGCCAGAAAAAUAACAAAGCACUCGAUAAGACGACAUCGGCCAGCAGCGUCUAUGUGGCAGCAGGUAAAGCUGUGGACGGAAUCACCAUCGCGAACGACUAUCUCUACUGCUUUCAUUCAGCAUACAAUGACGGUAUAAACGUUGCGUGGUGGAGAGUGGAUCUGAAUAAGACAACACCGAUACAUGACGUCACCAUAUACUUCCGGACAGACUAUAAGGUUCGUCGGAAUGGUAUCCAGGUCUACAUAGCUGACACUGCCGCUUCCCCAACUGACGGAGUCAAGUGCUACAACGUGACAGGGAAAGGAGACGGAUCAGACAUUCUUGAUGUUUUGAACGUCACGUGUUCUGUGUGCGCUCCUGGUACUUUCGGCUCUGUCUGUGACAACUACUGCCACUGUGCUGGUGAUGUCUGCAACUUCGUGAACGGCGUUUGUCCUAGUGGAGUCUGUCUACCAGGCUGGCAGCACGACGAGUGUGACACAGAGUGUACCCAAUUCAGUUAUGGACAAAACUGUAGUAAAAAAUGUUCUGAUAGGAACUGUAAGAACGACAACUCUAGCUGUGGCCAUGCGACAGGGGUGUGUGUCGGAGGUUGUAAGACUGGAUGGAAUGGAACAGACUGUACACAGGAAUGCCCAGGUUCCUACGGAGAUGGCUGUGCUUACCAGUGCUCUGCUAGAAAAUGCCGUGGGACAUCGACAUGUGAUCACGUGACAGGCAAGUGUGAAAACGGCUGCAAUCCCGGAUGGAAGAUAGCUGACUGUACACAAGAAUGCACCAAAGGCAUUGAAUAUGGAUCUGGCUGUGUUGGUAACUGCAGUGCCCGGAGGUGUGAUGGUGGUACAGGCGCCUGUCCCCCGGACACAGGCCAGUGUGAAUCUACCUGCGUGUCAGGGUGGCAGGGGGAGGACUGCGCGCAGGAGCAAGAUGAAGCGCCAACGUCCACUGCAGAAAUCUUUACGUCAGCUGGUGUUGUAGUUGCAGCAGCCGUCGUUGUUAUCGUUGUUGUCUUGGUCAGAAGACGAAGAAGUCAAGCAGCAAAAAAAAGAUAUAAUCAUGCAGAUAUGUCCCUGGAGCAGAUAGGUGCCGUCGUGGUGGUGGGCAAGAAGGACGAAGCGGCUGUAGAUGAGGACGACAACGACACGUACUACAACACAGCAACUGCUCCUGCAAUAACGUUGGUGUCUGUAGAUAAGCUACAGGAGCGGAUCCAGGAGCUGCAGGUGCCCGUCGGGGGCUUCCAGGCAGAGUAUCAGAAACUAUCUACUGCCUUCACCCGUCCUUACAAAGACUCCCAGCUACCGGAAAACAAGGGGAAAAACAGAUUCACGAAUUACUACCCAUAUGAUGACACCCGGGUCAAGUUGCAGACUCUGCCAGACAAGCCUGGUUCUGACUACAUAAAUGCCAGCUACAUAGACGGCUACUCUGAACCUAAAGUCUACAUAGCAGCGCAAGGUCCUAACAGGAAGACUCUGACUGACUUCUGGAGGUUGAUCUGGGAAAAGAACUGUACAAGAAUCGUCAUGCUGACUAAUCUCAUGGAGAUGGGGAAGACGAAGUGUGCUGCGUACUGGUCGGACAAAAAGGAUUGGACUGUAGGGGACUUCAACAUAGCUGUAAUCAGCUCAAGCGAGAGAGCACACUGGGUUGUGAGAGAAUUACAAGUUACGGAGAAAAAGACAAGCAAUUGUCGUCGCUUCCAUCAAUUCCACUUCACAACAUGGCCUGAUCACUGGAUUCCUGAGGAGACGUCCUUGGCUGAGUUUCUGUGGCUGGUGAGGACAGCAGCUAACACCCAUGAUGGCCCUUUACUUGUGCACUGCAGUGCUGGGAUCGGCCGGACAGGAACUUACAUCGCUGUGGACUACCUAUUGGACCAUGCUCUGACUGAAGAUAAGGUCGAUGUGUUUGGUUGUGUCUCCAAGAUGAGAGAUCAAAGAAAGGGCAUGAUACAGACCAAGGAGCAGUAUGCGUGUGUAUACCUGACACUACAAGAGGCGCUGGAGUUUGGAAACACAACUAUGGAUGUGCAGGUGUUCAGUCAGAAUCGAAAUGAGAAAAGAACCUUCAAGAUGGGAUGCAUGGAACCCACACAGUUAAUACAGAUCCUGAAUAUCAAGAGAGAGACUUCAGGAAAUGGGGACAAGUUCAAGGGACGUCUGUAUAUUGAUGGGCGCUCAGACAUCGUAGCUGUAGAAGUGGAGUCUCACCUGUCCAUGAAAGGCUAUCUACUGACUGAAGCUCCCUCCGUCACCACGGCGUCUCUGUUUUGGAAACUCAUAGAACAACAGGAGUCUGGUACUGUCAUUGUCCUGCCAGACUCGCACCAGAAUCUGUCCAGCUAUGUGCCUUCUCCAGGAGGGAGUCUGAACGUGAGUCCAGUCAGUGUGAGGUGUUCAACAGAGAACACAAUCAACCCCGACAUCGUGCUCAGGAGCGUACACAUACAGAUUAACGACCGUCCGCCAUCCCCAGUGCAUGUGUACAUAAUGAAGCAGUUUCCAGAAGAUUCCCACUCCAUGCUCUUGGAACUGCUGGAACAAGUAGAUCUUCAUACGAGUGGGGAUGAAUCCCAACCAGUUGCUGUCAUCUACAGUGAAUCUGACAGACAGAGAGGUGCAAUAUUGUGCAUCCUGAGCAAUAUUGUUCAAGGCCUGAAGUAUGACAAAACAGUUGAGAUCUACAACAACGUGAAGGAUAUGGUCCACUGCCUGGAUCAAGAUAUCACACAGGCUGACGUUGCUCUUUGUUAUGACGUAGCUUUGGAAGGCAUAGAGUCGCAAAGCAUCUACGAAAACGUCUAACAAGCAACUAUUCUCCUUCAUGGACCAACAAACCUCCGGGCUUCAACUUACAGAUCAGAUUUGAUGCCAUUAACGCACCAGUAACAAUGAACUUUUAUUUGUAGUCUUCAUAUUUUCCUCUCUACAUUUUCUCUUAUAAUUUUGUUAUUUCUUAUCUUAUGAUUGAGUUUACAUUUGCAUAGUUGAUUGAUUGAUCAUUAAAGAAUUUAAUAUGUGUUCAGGCAUCGAGACCCAUUUACACCUUGCCCAUCAUGAAACGUUGCUCAGAUUCUAAACACUUCAUAAAUUAGCAACACACUUUAAGGUAUGCAAGAAUUACAUUCUGAACUUCAUGACGAGCUAUAUUCCUGGUAACGUCUGAAUCUUUUGUUUUGUACCUGAUUCAUAUUUAAGAAGAGUUAAGUUUGUUAUUGUGUUAAGAAGAUUGCUAUACUGGUGAAAUGCAAGUGUAUAUUGAGGGUCAGACCAACAAUCAUAUCUUCAGGCAUAAUUGAAUUAAACUCUGUGUUCGCAUAAUAAUGAGUACUGGAAGCACCUUUAAAAUACGUAACUAAGGCCUUAGUCACCUGUAAACCCGUGAAAAGGGUUCAUUCAAACAAUUUAUUCUUAUAUUCAUUGUGCUAACAUCGUCAUACAGUGAAUCCCUGUUGGCCAUAAGCUUAUGAUGUCUUUGUAUAUGAUAAUACAAGAGGGACAC